CCGCACCACCACCCGAUCAUUCCCUCCCAACUCCCAAAACUAUCCCCUACAACUGCCCACACCAUCCCUCCAUACAUCUCACCAACGCGACCCUCCGAUCCGUUGGGCGGACAAGAAACCACGUCGUGGCACGAGAAUAACGACCGCCGCACCUGUCCACGAUAGUCUGGUAUGGUCGCUAGCGUACCAGAUUUGAUUCCUCUAAGUCUGACGUGUACAUCGUUUCUGCCUCGUAGGAUUCUCUUUUUAUAAAACAAGAGCGGUUUUCGUUCUCUCUGCUUCCUCCGCAUCGGAAUAGAGGAGGGAAAAAAGCAACUGCCACAAUCAAAGAACGUAAUAAUCGAUUUCUUGAUCGGCUCUUUUUUCCAGAAUUGAAGUUAAUUCGCAGCGUGAUUGGGUGAUCGGGGAAACCACCGCCGCCGUCUCAACCUUGUAAUCCAAUCGAGAACCGCCGCCAUCGGAGAUCAUGGCUUCGUCUUCUACGUCUACGGCCAUUGGCUGCGGCGGAGCAGCAGCUGAAUUGAGAAAUCACCACCGCCGCCGCCGUCUCGUGGCGGGACUCCGUUCAAUUCAGAUGGCGCGAUUUAGUUCCGAUGUCUCCGAUCGGAGGUUUCGGCAGCUGGGGGUUUCCACAUCGACCUCCCUGAGGACGCCGAUUGCGGCCGGCGACGGGGGAAUCUUUACGCCGAGGGUUUGUACAGCGACAGCAGAGGCGCCCGAGGGGAAUAGUUUCUCUUUGUUGCCCACUGCGGCGGGAGGAGGAGGAGGCGGUGGAGAGAGGGGGGUUGUGGCGGAGAAGCUGGACGAGUGGAUGAGGGACUCGGUGACGGAUAUCGUGAAGAACCUGACGGAAGCGCCGCUGCUGGUCCAGGUGUACUCCGACGAGAAGGGGAAGAAGCUGGAGACGGAGAAGGCCGUGGAGGAAGGGGAUUGGAAGAGGCUGAUCCAGAAGUGGAAGAAGCGGGAUUCGCCGUUGCCGGAGGGGGUGAUCUUCGUGGAGCAGCUCCACGACGGCGUCAGAACCGCCGAGGCAGCGGAGGAGGCGGAGAAAAAAGAAUUGGCAGAGGAGGAGGCAACAAAGGCGUGGGGGAUUGUGGUCCAAGGGAAAGGGGCGGAGUGUGGGCCGGUUUGCUACCUGCUGAAGACGAGCCGGGUCGGGUCGUCGGGUGUGGGCCUGUGCUGCACCCAUUUCUGCUUGAUGCGGGUCAAGGGUUUCAGGGAGAGUGCCAAAUCACAGCUCAAGAAUUGUUGGCUGUUGCAGGCCCAGUAUGAUCGCGUGUUCUGAGAGGAACCGAAUCCAUCCAAUUCGUAAGGAAUUUGGAUAAAAAUUGUUAAUUAACUUUUAUUUGAUCAUUACCAUAUUUGAUUAGAGAGAGAUCUCCACUCUGGGUUGUAACUUCCUGUAAAAUUUUUUAUUCCUUCCAAUUGUGGUCUCUCACCUUUCACCUGUGUAAAAAUCUUCUCUUUCAGAAUUCAAUGGAUAUUUACC